AUGGCAAGUUCGAGUUCGAAUUCGAGUUUGUAUAGUGAAAGAGUUGCGGAGAUCGUGUUUUUUGAUUUAGAAACUACAGUACCGAACAGAACUGGACAGAAGUUCAGGGUAUUGGAGUUCGGCGCGAUCAUUGUUUGUCCUCGGAAGCUCGUGGAGCUCGAGAGCUAUUGCACGCUAAUUAGGCCUCGGGACUUAUCUGCUGUCGCGUCAAGGUCAGCCCGAUGCGAUGGAAUAACACGUGAUUCAGUUGCCAAUGCGCCGUAUUUUGAGGAAGUUUCGGACAAGAUUUUCAGCAUUUUGAAUGGUAGAAUUUGGGCAGGUCAUAACAUUCAAAGAUUUGAUUGUGUUCGUAUUAGGGAGGCCUUUGCUGAGAUUGGUAGGCCUGCACCAGUCCCUGUUGGGAUCAUUGAUUCAUUGGGAGUCUUGACUGAGAAAUUUGGUAAAAGAGCUGGAAAUAUGAAGAUGGCAUCAUUGGCAGCUUACUUUGGUCUUGGCCAGCAAAAACAUAGGAGUUUGGAGGAUGUAAGAAUGAAUUUGGAUGUCUUGAAGCAUUGUGCAACUGUCCUAUUCUUGGAAUCAAGCCUCCCAAGUGCUUUGAAUACAGAAUGGCACAACAAUCUGGGUGUAACAACAAGAAGCAAAAGUCUACAGAAGUUCAGGGUAUUGGAGUUCGGCGCGAUCAUUGUUUGUCCUCGGAAACUCGUGGAGCUCGAGAGCUACUGCACGCUAAUUAGGCCUCGGGACUUAUCUGCUGUCGCGCCAAGGUCAGCCCGAUGCGAUGGAAUAACACGUGACGCGGUUGCCAAUGCGCCGUAUUUUGAGGAAGUUUCGGACAAGAUUUUCAGCAUUUUGAAUGGCAGAAUUUGGGCAGGUCAUAACAUUCAAAGAUUUGAUUGUGUUCGUAUUAGGGAGGCCUUUGCUGAGAUUGGUAGGCCUGCACCAGUCCCUGUUGGGAUAAUUGAUUCAUUGGGAGUCUUGACUGAGAAAUUUGGUAAAAGAGCUGGAAAUAUGAAGAUGGCAUCAUUGGCAGCUUACUUUGGUCUUGGCCAGCAAAAACAUAGGAGUUUGGAGGAUGUAAGAAUGAAUUUGGACGUCUUGAAGCAUUGUGCAACUGUCCUAUUCUUGGAAUCAAGCCUCCCAAGUGCUUUGAAUACAGAAUGGCACAACAAUCUGGGCGUAACAACAAGAAGCAAAAGUCUACAGCAAUCUAGCCUCCACUGGAACAAAUCUUCAGAAUUUACAGGUAGAUUUAGUAUAGGGAAAUCGAUAUGCAGAGAAGAAACUAGCCGAAAAUCACCUCCAUCGUCACCUAUUUCGAAUAAAAGAGCUGUUCCAUAUGGAAGGGGAAGUCUCGGAAAGAUGACAGUAGGAGUAAAGAAGCUAUUAUAUGCUAGAAGAGCACCUAUCAACAAUUUGCUGAAGAAUUCUCAAUCACUUCUUAUAUGA